AUGGCAAACAAACGAUCGAAAAAUCAAUUGCGAAGAGACAAGGCCAAGCAGAGGAAGCUUGAUGCUCUGGCUACUCACACCAAAGAACUAUUUGAUGCAACUGAAACUAAAGAGAUACCAUUGUCCAAAGACAUACCUACUAGCGAUGAGGUGGAAGAAUCAAAUGAGAUAGACAAUCAAUUACUUAAAGAAUUUCAAGAGGUGUUCAAUAGGUUCACUUCAAGAAAUACCACGGACAAAGUCAACGAACUUCAAAUAGAAACCACAAAAGAUACAAAACAGAUCUACUACAGCGAUGAUGAUGAUGAUAACGAUAUAGAAGAUUCCGAUGACGAUCUAAAUGAUGAAGAAAAAACGUUGUCCAAGAGACAACAACGUAUACGAAAUAAAGUACCGUUGGCCACAUUAAAGGCAUCAACAUCAAAGCCAUGGAAUGUCGAAUGGUUUGAUGUUGAUGCCAAAGAUCCAUUUCUUUUAGUAGCGUUAAAAUCACAACCUAAUACCAUACCAGUGCCUGCUCAUUGGAGUGCCAAACGAGACUACUUGUCGUCGAAACGAGGAAUCGAGAAACUACCAUUUGAAUUACCAAAAUAUAUUCGGGAUACGGGGAUUGGAGAAAUGAGACAAACUGAUGAACGAACAGUUCGUCAACAACAACGUGAAAAGGUCCAACCAAAGAUGGGCAGAUUAGAUAUAGAUUAUGCUAAAUUACACGAUGCAUUUUUCAAACAUCAAACUAGACCACGUAUUUUCGGGUAUGGAGAUGUAUAUGAAGAAGGAAAAGAGACUGUUGACGAGUUGGCCAAUGAAGCGUCGAAAUAUAAACCAGGAGUGAUAUCAAAGGAGUUACGAGAAGCGUUAGAUAUGCCCGAGUCAGACCUAAGUGUUGCACCCGCAUGGAUUACAAUCAUGAAAGAAAUUGGUAAACCUCCUUCAUAUGAAGAGUUAUUGAUCCCGGGAUUGGAUAUGGAAUACUCCAAUACUGGAUACAAGGAUAAGGGAUCUACCAGUAGAGCAAAGAAAAAUAGUGACCACUGGGGUAAAUUGUUGGAUACAGUUGAAUCUUCUGAAGAAGAAGAAGAAGAAGAGGGUGACGAUGAAGAAGAGAGUGUGUCUGAAUCUGAAUCUGAAUCUAUAGUUAGUGAAGACAAGCAAGAAGAAAAAGAAACGGUGAUAGAAAAGAAAGUACACCAACCUGUUGAUGUCAAACUGGAAGGUACUCCGGCAGACAAUGCUUCUAAAUUUUUAUACAAAGUUUUGAAGGAAAAGUCCAGUAAACAAAAUAGUUCUUUGUUAGGUAAAGAGUUUGGUUAUGAGCUCAAUUCAAAUGAGGAAUCACUGAAGUCUGAUGAGGAAACUGCUACGACUCAGCUGGUUGCUGACAUAUUUAAAUUUUAG